UCAGAUGAUUAACUGACUGAGCCACCCAGGUACCCCUACUCACAAUUUUUAAAAGAUGUUUUUGAGUAGUCCUCAAUUAGAAAUUAGAAUUUGGUCUAUCAAACAAGAUGUAACCCUCACAUUUAAAACGUCCAUAGUGAACAAUGAGCAAAAACAAUUUAAGUGUACUACUAAUGUAGUCAAGGCAUGUACUGUGGUUAAUAAAACACUUUUGAGUCUGCGAGUUCCAAAUUUAGAUCCUGGUUCAACCACUUCCCAGACCUCAAGUGCCUCUGUAACCUCUCUGACCUCACUUUUUUGAUUUGUGAGAUGAGGACAUUUAAUGGUGCCUGUCUUAGAAUUAUUAUAAAAAUUAAAUAACACCUGUAAGGAGCUUAGCACAGUACCUGAUACAUGUUAUAUAUUAGGAAGUAUUUCCCAAAUGAUUUCAGAUUACCAAAAGGAAGAUUCUGGAGGGAUCUUUUCUAUUUCCAAGGUCACUGAUAUUUCACCUGUGAUCUUUUUGGUACUGUUUUCAUCUCAACGUACAAAUGCUUUGCUUGUAACCUUGCAUCCUCUACUUGUUGCUCCCACUAAAUAAGUUUUUCCUACGAGAUAAUGCAGUUUAUACUUGUGCUAAAUAACUUUGUGAUAUUGGUAGCCAUGGGUCUGUUCUUUGGUGCCUAGCUGGCUGUCUUUGAGCUUUCUCCAGAACCUUAAAGAUCUUUUAAGGCUACUAACUAGAAGAUAAUCAUUCUUUUAGUCAAGUACUCAGUAAAUGUUAUGACAAAACAUAGUUGUCUAGUUAAAGAACUUAACAGGUAAACCCACAGCCCAGAGGUUUAUCAGCCACUUCCACAAGGUGGAGGUAUGAGUUCAUUAGGUUCUCAGGGAGAACACUUCCUUGAGAUGUAAGUUUAUUUCAAGUCGCAUUCAAUAUUCUGGGUGGCUAAGGCUCACCAUCUCCAUUAUUCUUCAUCUCUCUUCAGAACAUCUCCCUAGAGAGCAUCAGGCCAUAUCUUAGUUUGACCUUGAUUUGCUAUAUGAAGGUCUGGAACCAUCUUAUGCAACUGUAGCAGGCUGGGAAUGAGGUAAAGUUCAAAAUAACCGUGAGUUACACAGUUGUGUAAUAACAAGGAGUGUAGGAAUAACUCCAAAGUCUACAACACAGUGAGGGACUAAUAUUGUUACAUUUUAAAUGUAAGUUUUUCUUUUGUCUUACUAUUUUAAAUAAUGAUGACAUUAAAAUUAGUAUUUUAUGUAACAUUUAGAAUCAGAUUAUGUAGGCUUAAUUCCAUAAAUAGGAGUGUGCCUCAUAAUACAAAUAAAAUAUAAUCCUUGGAAUAUUUGUCACGAUAUUACAUGGUUCCAUUUAAAAAAAAGUAACCACUUGAAAUGAAUGAAUCCAAUAAGGGUGAUUACUAUAACUGCUUUUAGUGGAAGAGAUUCAACUUACAUUAGGAAUAAAAAUACAAUAUUAACCCGUACAUUUUGCACGUGCUUGAUGUUGUCUAAAGAUACUGAGGAAGUAUACAGACUUUUAAUAUAAAAUUUUUGUUGACCUAAAGCAUCCACUAUAUUUGAAGAAACAAGAUUAAACACAUAACAAUUAAAGGACACUACAAAGUCAACUGUACUGAAAGCCUGACACCAUUGAUCUCACUGAGGAACCUCCAAGGACAGUGGAUAAGUGAAAGUUCAGAGUGAUUUGGUGAAUUAUAGGGAAGAGGGAUUUGGUUGAAUAGGUAGAUUAAAAAAAAGAGCUUACAAAGAGGAAAUCAUGCAGAAGACAAAUAAAUGUAGUGUGCUAUGGUUGGGAAAGGGGUAUUGUGCAGCAAAUGACGAAAUUAAAGAUUAUUUUAAAAUUUUUGUUAGAAUUUAUCUUGAUGUAUUGGAAAGGAGCGAUUGUAGAUUUUGAGCAGUGUAAUGAUUUGAUUUUAAAGGGGGUGGUGAGGCACCUGGCUGGCUCUGUUGGUAGAGCAUGCAACUCUUGAUCUUGGGAUCAUGAGUUCAAGUCCCACAUUGGGUGUAGACAUUAUUUAAAAAUUAAAAAGAAAAAAAAAUUAAUUAAAAACUAAAAAUAAAGGGGAUGGAAAGGGGAACUAGGGAAACUUUGUCAGUGUGGGUAGAUUGGAAGGAAUCUUGAACAGAAGCUAAAAUGUUGCCCAGUAUUAAGGUUUAGACAAUCUGGGAUAGAAUCUUACUAUUAUACUGGAGGUGUAAACAUUCUUGAUUAGUUUGUUUUUAUUUUAGAGAUGAGAAAACAUUUUUAGAUGUAAAAUUACUUGCCCAAAAUCACAUGGAGUGAAUAGGGUUGGGAGUAAGUGGGAGGAAAAAAUGGAAUUGGUAAGUACCAGGAAGGUGAAAGGUAGAAAAACCAGAGUAUCUGUGGUUUAGAACUUGGUAUCCAGCCCAGGGGUCUCUUUUGCAAAGUCACUAAGGUCCACAAACUUUGACUUGUCUUCCUGGUGUUGUGGAGGUAUGAGAGGAGACAGUCCUUACAACCAGGUCCAGGUUUUGAGUCCUAUUCUCCACAAAAUUUCCUCCCUUUUAAGAAAACAUGUUGGGUUUUUUUUGUUUAUUUUUUGUUUUUUUUUUCCAUGAUAAGCUUUCAUUUUUCUCACAGGCCCAAGAAAACCGAUCUCAGUAGACUGAAGCUCUGCCUGGAACAUUUCUGGUUGUUCAUGAGGAGGAUACAUGCUAAGUGCAGUACUCUGAUAGUGACUGCAAAGGAAGUGAAAUGGAAAUUAUAGUUUACAAUGUGAAAUGGAUGGGCGCGAGGCUUUUAUCUUAAUGCUCCUCCAGGACAGAACAGAUCAUGAAGUGAGGGGGCACAGGAUAGUGGAGGAUAUGAAGUUUACUAUGGGAUUAGAAGUGAUCUGUUUGAAGACCAGUCCAGCUUUUAGGAAAUAAGUAUGAGGACUGUGAGCCCAGAGAAGACAUGACUUCUUCAAAGUUAUACAGGGGACAGCACAUUUGAAGAUGGAGGACCAAAAAAAUACCCAAGUCAGAAAGCUGCACACCAUUCAGGCAGAAUCUGGUUGGAGAGGAAAGCUGGUCUCAUGAUUAGAGAGCUUCCCCAGCUAGCCUGUAGUCCAGGACUGCAAGAAUUCAGGCAUGAGGACACUGUGCAGCAGGCUCACACAGGCAGACCCAAGAUGGACAGAACCUUGGAAUCCCUGAGACACAUCAUUGCCCAAGUCUUGCCUCACAGAGACCCGGCUCUAGUCUUCAAAGACUUGAAUGUUGUGUCAAUGUUACAGGAAUUUUGGGAAAGCAAGCAGCAGCAGAGGGCUGCAUUUCCAAGUGAAGGCGUGGUGGUCUAUGAGUCACUGCCAUCUCCAGGACCGCCCUUUGUGAGUUAUGUGACUCUCCCAGGGGGAAGCUGUUUUGGCAACUUUCAGUGCUGCCUAAGUAGAGCUGAGGCCAGACGGGAUGCAGCUAAAGUGGCCCUAAUCAACUCCCUCUUCAAUGAGCUGCCCUCUCGAAGGAUCACUAAGGAAUUCAUUAUGGAGAGUGUGCAGGAAGCAGUUGCCUCCACCAGUGGCACUUUGGAUGAUGCAGACGACCCCAGCACCAGCAUUGGAGCCUACCACUACAUGUUAGAGUCAAACAUGGGGAAGACCAUGCUGGAAUUUCAGGAGCUGAUGACCAUUUUCCAACUACUGCACUGGAAUGGAAGCCUAAAAGCCCUUCGUGAAACAAAGUGUUCCCGACAGGAAGUCAUCUCCUACUAUUCCCAGUAUUCCCUAGAUGAAAAGAUGCGCAGCCACAUGGCCCUGGACUGGAUCAUGAAAGAGAAGGAAUCUCCAGGAAUUCUCUCUCAAGAGCUACGGAUGGCCCUGAGGGAGUUGGAGGAAGCCAGGAAAGCAGGACAAGAACUGCGGUUUUACAAAGAAAAGAAAGAAAUCCUGAGUUUGGCCCUGACUCAGAUCUACAGCGAUCCUGACACCUCCUCACCCAGUGAUGAUCAGCUGAGCCUAACGGCUCUUUGUGGCUACCACUAGCAAGACCAGGUUCCAGCUGGCCUGAGGUUGGCAGAGGCUGGACUCUAAUAUUAGGAAGCUCAGUGAAGGAAGUUGUUGGAGGCUUUACCACCUACAGCUACCACCUGAAGGCUGUACUAAUUCUUCCCACCCAUUCCAUUCAUAGACUCUCAGAGUAAUAGGAUCCUUACAGGUCCCAACAAUUUUCCCAUCACACUUUCAAGAGUUCCUCCUCUUACUGAAAGGAUGGAGACAGAAUUGUUUGAAAAACAUUUCCCAGGUUUGGAUCUAACCUAAAGCCCUGUUGACAUGUGCCUUCCUAGAUUAUGUAUGUUGUUUUAAACAAUGGGCCAGUGUAGCAUCCCCCAUAAGAACACCAGCCAGGACUGGGGAAAGUAGCAUGAGAGCAAUUUUUAAAAAUAGUUGGGAUUAAAUAAACAACAUAGAAAAUACACAUGGGUCAGAAUUUCUUCCUAAGCUUUAUAAACUAAGAGACACUUCUACUCUACUAGGUAAAAUCCAAAAUUCCAGUGGCAGUUUUAUCUGGACAUCCCACUAUCAAAGAUCUAAAGUGGUAAUAGUGAAAAUACGUGAUAAAUUUAACUUGUCUUAAAAUGCCAGUUAUAAUAAUUUUAAAAAAAUCCACACUCUUCGGUAUGGGGAUAAAUUUCACCUAGAAUAGUACUCCUAUUCCUCAAAAAGAAUUAGUAUCUAAUUUUAAUGAGUCCUGCAAACAGUGAUGUUCAUUUUUAACUUGCUAAUAGAUAACUCAGAUUGAUUUGUUUUUAUUUUUGCCACCACAGUCAUCUAUGUAUCAUGGAGGCAGUCACUGGAUUUUGAAAAAUCAUUAGCUUUUAACAGUGCUUGCAUUUGAUUAGUUUCUCAUGCAUUAGAGAGAAGGAGUAUUUAACUGUCUUUAUUGUUGUUCAAGAACAUAAGCCAGGAGUAGUUCAAAUGUAGUGUCAUUUCCAAGUUUUAAUUAGACAUUGUCAUCUCUCUUUGAAAAUGGCUUGGGUCAAUUAACUGAUUAGAAAACCAAAAGCAAAUACAGACCAAUUUUUAGAUGGUUUCUGGUCACUCAAAUUUAAGAAUGGCAACAGUGUGAAUUUUAGACAUUUGUAGGAAUUUCCAACUUUAUAACACAAAAAGGAUUAUCUUGCAUUUAGUCCAAUAAUUCAAAAUAAAGGAUACAGUUUUUUCAAUGUUAAAUAAGAUUUCUUUUUCUUCAUGUUUAAGUGAAUGCAAACUAACGUUCCUGAAGGCUAAAACCAUUAUAUUUACAUUAAAGUUUACAAAAGCAUGAUAGCUUAACUUCAUAUAUAAAUAUGUGCAGAUGUAAUUAUCACUCCUAAGUCCCCAUGAAAACUAUAUAUAUGGAUCAUGUAUUUUGGAAUUAGCCUUUAAAAUAAAAAAAUUAAUUUCAGAUAUCAUAUUUCUCACACCAGGGGAAAAUUUAGCUUCUUACCUACUGCCUUACUCUGUCGUGAAAGGUAAUACUAUAAAUAUUAGAUAAAUUUAAUUUAAAAAUAUUGUGUUAACAAAUGUCACAUUUCUCCCCAAAAUGAGGCUAAAUGUCACCUAGAAUAAAACUAAAACUAUAUUCCCUUAUAAUCCUAAAAAGGAAUUCGAAUUAGUAUUUGCAAGUUGAAUAAAUUUUAACAUUAAGGAAACUUUCUGUUAAAAGCAAUUUUUUCAUAAAGUCAUUACUCUAUCAUUUCAUAAAACCGUAAUUUCCCAUGUUAGGUGUGAUUAUAGGUAGGUCCAUCUUUGUUGCAUUUGCAGCUUUUGACCAUGACCACCUAAAGCUGACACCAUCUAAUUAGAUCCAGGAAGGGGAAUCAGCAAGGAAAAUGUUAAAAUUUAUUCUUUGCUCUAUAAUUAGAAAACUGUACCUAUUACGUGAACUAAAAGCAUUGCCCUUGGCCAAUGGCAGUUUUCCCAGCUGGUCAGAACUGCCCACUCUUCCUGGAAUGGUAUGGAACCUAUAGCAAAAGAAACAAAAUUCAGAAUUUCUGCCAUUGCUGGAGCCUUUUAAUGCUCAUUUAUAGCAAAUCAAUUUUAGCUAAGACAUAAGGGUUGCCAGUACAUCACUUAAACAUUUAUAAUUCCAGACCUAAGAAGAGCCAUGUUGAAAAGCAAAGUAGAUUCUUCUUCUUCUUCUUCUUCUUCUUCUUCUUCUUCUGUAUCUUGUUCUCAGUGAUACACUGUGUUGAAGGGGAUUAAAGUGGAAGAUUCUCUAUUUUAAAUAUAUGGAGUUCUGGGUCCUAAACUUUUGUGGUUAUAAUGCCUUUGAGAAUCUGAUGAAAGCUAUGGACCUUCUCCUAGGAAAAUAGAGUGAAGCAUAUACCUUCAGAUUUAUGCAAACAGUUUCAGAGAGUUUGUGAACCUCCCCAACGUCCGUGGAUUGCUCUAAGGACCUCCAAUUUAGAAUCUUGAGUACAGACUUAUAGUCUCAAACUUUUCAGCAUGGAUCCAAACUAGCUCAGACCAGCCCUGUGUAGCCUAUUUCUAAGAUAAAUGUUAUCAUCCUCAAAUACAGAAUUGUACUGCAUUUUGACAAGAAUGGUUUAAUCUUCACAAAGUCCAAAUAUACCAAAUUGCUAUGAAAAAACAGCUUAAAACAAACUAGUCACUAAGUGUGUUAACCUAUUAGAAUAUUGUCAAUCUAAUAAAGACAUUAUUCCUCUAA